AUGGCUGAGGUUUCUGUGAAGAGUUUUAUACCCGAGUCAUUUCCUGGCUCGACAAGUGAUAUUGCAGGUACAAUCGGGCUCCUGUGGGAACUGAUUAAAGCUCCAUUGGUGGUGCCUCUGCUGAGGAUUUCUGUAUACAUAUGCUUGGCCAUGUCGAUUAUGGUGUUCAUCGAGAGGCUGUACAUGGGAGUCGUUAUAAUCCUUGUUAAACUGUUCAUGAAAAAGCCCGAAAAGAGAUACAAAUGGGAGCCAAUGCGUGAAGAUGUUGAGCUUGGAAAUGCAGCUUUUCCUUUGGUUCUUGUUCAGAUCCCCAUGUUCAAUGAAAAGGAGGUUUAUAAGAUCUCCAUUGGAGCAGCAAGUAAUCUUUCAUGGCCUGCUGACCGUUUGAUUAUUCAAGUACUUGAUGAUUCUACUGAUCUUGUUAUCAAGGAUAUGAUUGAGAAAGAAUGCAUUAGAUGGGCAAAUAAAGGCAUUAACAUUAGGUACCAAAUAAGAGAAACGAGAGGAGGGUACAAGGCAGGAGCUCUUAAAGAAGGCCUCAAACGCGACUACGUCAAAGACUGCGAAUACGUCGUAAUUUUUGACGCAGACUUCCGACCCGAACCGGACUUUCUCCAUAGAGCCAUCCCUUUUCUCGUGCACAAUCCCAAUAUUGCCCUUGUUCAAUCUCGAUGGAGGUUCGUGAAUUCGAACGAGUGUUUACUGACAAGAAUGCAAGAAAUGUCGUUGGAUUACCACUUUACAGUCGAGCAAGAAGUGGGAUCAUCUACUCAUGCAUUCUUUGGCUUCAAUGGAACUGGUGGUAUAUGGAGAAUAGCAGCAAUCAAUGAGGCAGGAGGAUGGAAAGACAGAACAACAGUUGAGGACAUGGAUCUGGCAGUUAGAGCUGGUCUCAAGGGAUGGAAGUUUCUCUAUCUUGGGGACCUCCAGGUGAAAAGUGAGCUGCCUAGUACGUUUAAAGCCUUCCGUUUUCAGCAGCAUCGAUGGUCUUGUGGUCCUGCCAAUUUAUUCAGAAAAAUGGUUAUGGAAAUUGCUAAGAAUAAGAAAGUGUCUCUAUGGAAGAAGUUUUAUGUAAUAUACAGCUUCUUCUUCGUAAGGAAGAUCAUUGCUCACAUGUUCACUUUCUUCUUCUACUGUGUUGUGCUGCCAUUGACAAUUUUGGUACCUGAAGUAGAUGUUCCGAAAUGGGGAGCCAUUUAUAUUCCGUGCAUCAUCACUGCUCUAAACUCGGUCGGAACUCCAAGGUCUUUUCAUUUAUUGUUUUAUUGGGUCCUGUUCGAGAACGUGAUGUCUUUUCACCGUACCAAGGCUACCAUCAUUGGUCUGCUCGAGGCUAAGAGAGUUAACGAAUGGGUUGUUACUGAAAAACUCGGAGAUGCUCUCAAGAACAAAUCCAACGCCAAAUCAGCACCAAAAAAAUUCAAAUUUAACUUCGGAGACAGAAUACUAAUACACGAGUUGGGCUUCGCUGUAUUUCUAUUCAUCUGUGGAUGCUACGACUUCCUAUAUGGAAAGAACUGCUAUUUCAUAUACCUAUUUCUUCAAGUUAUCACCUUCACAAUCGCGGGAUUUGGCUACGUGGGAACAAUAGUUUCGAUCAGAAGGAGAACAAAUCAUUUGUCUAGCAUUGAUAAAGGCUUCUUAGAAAAUCUCUUGCAGAAUGCCCUGGAAAACAGCAGAAAGUCCAACUGCCUCGGUGCCAUUCUAGAGGAUAAUGGUGGAGAUGAUAAUGACGAUGAACUAAUUUCGGGGCUAGAGCUAUCUGAAGAGGAGUCUUCAGAUGACAGCAUGCAAGGGACACAAAAUGAGUUGGAGGUAUUAGAUAAUGAGACCGUUGUUGCUGAGAAGGUAUCUUCAAGACAGAUGGAUACUUCAGCAUUGGCUUGUUCUAUCUUAGGUGCUCCAGCUUCUUCUCUUGACAAGUUUUUUGGAUAA